AGACCAUCAACAUACCCCCAUCAUCUCGCGAAGGCCUUGUAUGGGUCGAAACUACGUUUGAGCUGCAACCAAGAUGGGAAAAUGAGCCAAUUAUUGACGGCAUCAAGGCUGUUUGCCAGGCGACGCUACAGCUUGAUGGUCCAGCGCAAUGUGCAGCAUCGUUCCUGACGGCGGGAGGGUUCAAUAGGAUCUAUGUGGUAGAAGUGGCUUCGAUCAGAGAUUUCGUCAUGAGAGUAUCUCUCCCGGUUGACCCUAAGCACAAGACAGCUGGCGAAGUUGCGACACUGAAAUGGCUCAGCCAGCACUCGACUAUGCCAGUACCCAGGGUCAUCGCAUUUGAUGACACGAGAGAUAAUCAGAUUGGCUUCGAAUGGAUUCUCAUGGAGUACGAACAAUGGCAGUUACGAAAGGUCUACUCAGAGACCAUCUCUCAACAAUAUCCUCAGUGGGACAAGCUCGUUGCUAAGAAUACGCUGAAGGUUGACUUUCUUGGUGCGGUUGCUCGAUGCGCUGAUGGAAUUUUAUUGAAGGGGGUUGAGAAAUGGGUUGACGCAGUUUGGGAAGGGGAGCGUCCCAGACUAGGAGAAAUCCUGCAGUCCUAGAGUGUCGUGGUCACGGAAGUAUUCUUAGGCAUGAAGCCAGUGACUGAUCGGCUUGGCUAAGAUUUGGGCCUUUUAGAGGUGAUAAUGCU